AUGAAUAGUUUGUGGUCCUCAGCGAAAUCGGCUCAGGCCUCGUCCAACGAGGCCUCUACAGAGGCAGUGGAGGAGGCCGUCGACUUCUCCGCAGACGAAUCCGCGAUUGACGACUCCCCAGCCCCAUCCCCAGCCCCAUUGCUGCCGCCACUCUCGUCGUCCAGAGGCCCCCUUCAGCAGUCCCAACAACAAUCGCCACGGCAGGGCGGCAGCUCCAACAUGCUUCCUCCCGCAGCCUCGGGCGGUAAUAAUAUUGCAAAUAAUGCGAAUCGGGCGCAAAUCCCACAGCAUGCCCCCACCGACUCCCUGUCGCUGAUGCAGCUGCGGCGCAUCGUGGCCACGGUCAAUGCAGCUGAGCCCGCGGCAUAUGACUUUGUCUACUCGGAUAUGGCCCCCCACGCCGAGGAGAUAGACGAGUGGUUCGUGUAUCAAUUCUGGCAGUGGGUGCGCCUUAACGCGGCGCAAAAGGCCUUUGAGUGGCAUUGGAAGCACGAGGCGGGCGGCAAGCAUGGCUGGGACGAUGCGGACCACGACACGAGGGCGAGAUUUAUACAGGGCGCCAUUGCGGGCGUGCAGUCUAAUGACGCGGCUCUCAAGGCGAAUUCGAUUGGAAAGAUUAUGUAUCUGGUGUUGGGGAGAUGGGGUGACACCGCAAUGCCUCACGCGACGGAUGAAGCGAGCCGGUCGAUUGCGAGCAUCCCUCAGUUACAGGCAAUAAAGGCUGGCGUGACGUGUUUGACGUCGCUGGGGGGUAUAUCGGUCGUUUGGGAAGCGCUGAGGAAUGUCUUUGAGAUCCAUUGGACUGGCGAGAUCCAACAAGCCAGUGCUCAGGAUGCGCAAGACGAACUCAUGAAUCUCCUGACGAUUAUGUAUAUUGUUGUUCAGGAGACGUUGAACGACCCUGAAGAUAUGGCGUCGACAGAAGCAAAAUUGCUUGAGUUGAACCCCUCGCUGGUUGAUUUCAUGAUGCUGGCGACUUCCAAGUUGAGGUGGGAUGAACAGAGCACCAUGCCUCAUACUCAAAUUUUCCUAUUGUUCUGGAAAUCGAUUCUUCUUGUUUUCGGCGGAAUCAAAGACCUUGAGCGGGUCAAGGAAGCGACCGGCGAGCUGACAACUGGAGACAAGACCAAAGACACCAUCACGGCAAAUCCUUUAGACUAUCAUGUUUUCCGCCAGGAAAUAACGUCUAAAUACCCGGCUUACGUCCCUCCGCAGCCCCUGAUCCCCCUAGAGGCUGACAACCCAUCCCUUCUUCCACCUCUGCCUAAUAUUGCGAGCCGAAAUGGUGCCAACGGCAUUAUCCCACAGCCGCCAAAUGUACAAAUGGGAGGAGCGUCUAUCCUCAACCAGCCAGUACACAUUGCCACCCCAGCACCGUCACCACCGCCGUCUCCGGGAGUCGGUGGUAAGGGCGGUAAGAAGCAAAACUACCAGACUAACCAAAACUUUCCCUUUAUGUAUCCUCCUCUUGAUGCCACCAGUAACAGCGCUGGCGGGAAGGGUGAAGCGGGGUAUGGCAAUCCUCUGGUUUCUAGAAAAUGGGAGGGCAGCGAUAUUCCCGCCUCAAUCCUCGAAGCGGGACAACUCUUCUCUUCGCGUGUCAGGAUGACCCGAGCAACUCGUCAGCUCUGGGAAGAGCGGGAGCGAUUCCUCAAGUUUGAGCGCGGCUGGGAGACUGAUGACGAUGCUGACGAAAGCGACAAUGAUGAUAUUGAGGAACUUGAUCUUAAUGAGCUCACGUUGGAGGAGAGAGAGGUGUUGCGCGAACUACGAGUGGAGGAUAAUAAAGAGAAGAAGAAGAAAGAUCGAUCAUUCCCAGGCCCCGAGCUUGACCUUGGCCCCCAACCGGAUAGACUGAGCGAACGAGACAAGCAACGGCUCAUGGCGGUGGAGCGUUUCUACAGCGAUGCCUUGCCUCACCUUCAGUCCAUAGUGAUUGUUUUACUUCGCCCCAUCCUUGUUAAUGUCACGGCCAUAGUGACCCAGCAGCAGAACCAGAUGGCAGGGGUGGCCAGUAGAGCUAACAAUCCCGGCGUUAAUGGUGGCCAUGGGUCGCAGAGGGGUAUGGAUAUGGGUGGACAAGGGCAGGCAGAGCACGAUGGGGAACCGACUCCCGAAGAGAUCGACGCCACUCGAACAAGGGAGAUUACUUCGAAGGCUAUGACGGCGAUUCUCUUACUCUUGCUGAAGUGGCUCAGGCUCUCGCAUGUUCUCAAGUUUGAAUACUUGACUCAGCUUCUGCUGGAUUCUAAUUACCUGCCCUUGGUCCUCAAACUCUUUGCGCACCAAGACAUUCAACAAGUGGUCGACAGCAAGAUGGAUCAUGUUGAAAAUAGCUUCUUCCAAUUUUGCAACAUUCGGUCAAAAUUUAAGGAUAAGACCGAGAGCGAUGCCGACAACGAGGAAGAAGACGUGGACGAAGAAGACGUUCAUGGUGAAGACGAAGGCAACGGGCGAUUAGCAGGAGAAGAUAGCGGAGACGACGCGGCGCCACCGCCGAUUAAGAGGCAGCGAGAGCUAGAGGAACCGGUCGUGGACCAGAUGGAAGAUGUGGCUGUCGACAGCGAAGAACAUGUCCCGAUGAGACCAGAGGUUGACGAAAUGGGGCUGCCCCUGGGCACUCUCCCAAUGGAGCCCAUUACCGACUUCUCGAGAAGAAACUUCUUCUCCCUGAUCAACUACCUCAGGGUGAUGCAGAAGAUCUGCAAGAACAAGGCGCACCGCAACUUGCUGCUGGUGCAGUAUAAGUCAUCCACCAUCCUCAAGAAGUCUCUGAGGGUGCCCCAGCCCGAGCUUCGGCUGUACACGCUCAAGCUCUUCAAGGGCCAAGUGCCGUACUGUGGCCGCAAGUGGAGGCAGUCCAACAUGCGCGUCAUCACCGCCGUCUACCUCCACUGCCGGCCCGAGCUGCGCGACGAGUGGCUCGCGGGCAGCGACAUUGACGCCGAGGUGGACUCGGCGCUGCCGCUGGAGCAGGCGUUGCGGAGCUUGACGCACUGGCUCAACGUGCGGAGGUACCCGGAGAAGAUUGCGGCCGACAUUCGCAUCGCCAUGAGGGAGGAGCAGGACUUCUUCUCGCGGGAGCUGGAGAAGGUGGACCUGAACUGGACGGACUUGAUGCUCAAUGGGGAUGAUACCAUGAGUGAGAUGGACCAUGGAGAGUCGACUUGGGGGUAA